GGUCCUUGUCCACCCCAUCUUUCUCCGCAAAAAUGAGAAUCGUCUCUUGCGCUCUCUGCGCAUGCGUAAUCAUGGCAUUGAGCGACGCGUGCUUCGCUUCACCCCUCUUACGCAACAAGUACGGCAACGAAAUCUUUACCUCUGCCGCCCCGAACCGCGUCCACUUUACAAGAUCUUCGGACCGAGUGCUGUUGCACGUCUUUGAUCGCAAAGAGGGAGGCGAGAGCGGGGUGUUCAGAAUGUACAAUGGCGACCUGUCCACAGACUUCAAUCCUCGUCCAAUCUGGCCCAAGAUUUGGAACGACGUGACUACGCCAGGCCGAUAUGCGAUCCAUGGACCUGGACACAAAGAAGGAGAACGCAUCCAUUGGGACCAUGCGCAAGGACAGUGGGUGACGACUCGAGAGGAGGAAGCAGCUCUCUUGAAGAGGAUUGCCUCUCUCCGGACGCAUUAGAGAAGGGCGUUGCCGCAGCCAGGCGCUCGUUUGGCGUGACGAUCGAUCUCCCAAAGCAUCCAGCUGACGCCGUCCGCCUUCGACAUUGUCUAAUGGCGAACGGCAAGAGGUGGUGAUUGUGACUCGUCUUGCAGAGCUAUCGAGACCGCAGGUCCCAAAGUGGCCGUGCAUGACGCACCAGUAAGCUGAUUCCAGACCAAGCUAGUGAUCGGGCAACACGUUGCCUCGAAUCGGUGCAAGCAAUCAUUUGUGCUUUCAAGGGACAAUGGACGAUCCGUGUGAAAGGCCCGCUCGUGAGACUC